CGCAUGACGUAACGCCCAAUCUGAAAGUGCAAUGGCGAUAUUGGACAAUAACAGCCAUCGCGCUUGGGGUCCACAUCUAUAUUAUGUGGCUAAGGUUCAAGAAAACACCUCCAGCCGGCUGCAAAACCACAUAUAAUAUCGGCACAGAGCGCGAGCGUCAACCUGCGACCAGGAAAGGUGAUCUCCCAGCCUCUGCACGCGAUGACAGCUUAGAAUAAAUCGCUGGUGUGACGUGUGAACAGACACCAUGGCCACACAGGAACCGUCCCCUCCUUCAUCCAUGGAGAGCAAUAAGCCCGGCUUCCCCAAGAAGAUCCUGGGCAACAAGCUGGAGGACAAACACCUGUGCAACUGCUGCCACAAUAUCCUCAGACGGCCUUUCCAAGCCCAGUGUGGACAUCGCUUCUGUUCCUACUGCUUUAACAGGACUGUGAGUAAUGGACCUCAGAAAUGCAAUGCUUGCAUCAAAGAGGAUAUUUUUGAGGACCCUACCUCGAUUUUAAAACAAGGAUGUGCUUUUCCAGACAACGCGGUUCGAAGGGAAGUUGAAAAUCUGCCAGCUGUUUGUAUCAAUGAAAACUGCACUUGGAAAGGAAGUAUAAAGGAGUACGAGAUGAACCACGGGGGGAAAUGCGAGUUCAUGAUCAUCCCCUGCCCUUCCUGCAAAGAACGAAUCCGCUUCAAUGAACAGGAGCGCCAUAAUGAGCGAGAGUGCCCUGAGAGGACGCUCAACUGCAAGUACUGCAAGGAGCCGUUCCACUUUAAGAAUAUCAAGGCUCAUGAUGAGAUCUGCCCCAAGUACCCGAUGAUCUGUGAAGGCUGUGCCAAGAAGAAAAUACCCAGAGAAAAGUAUGUGGACCAUAUCAAAUUCUGCAGCAAAUUCAGAACUCCAUGUCGAUUUCAUGUGGUGGGAUGCGAUAUGUCUGUGGAGAAGGAAAAGAUUCAUGACCAUGAGCGCGCAUAUGCCUAUGAGCACCUCAAUCUUCUGCUGCAUUACAUUAUGGGCAUGAAAGUUAGCAUGGAGGGCCUACAGCCCCAGGGACUGGAAGUAGCCGGACACAAACUGGUGGAACUCCAACAAUCCCUCAAGGAACUCGAGGCCAGAGUCUCCCAGCUCAGCACCACCUCCUCUGGGCCUCCCGUGCAGGGAGCCGCCGCCGCCGCAUCCUCAUCAUCUUCCAGCUCUGGACCUCCUGGUCCACCUGCUUCAGUUCCUCUACCUCCACCUCCCACUCUGCCUCCCACUCUCUCUGUGUCCACAUCCUUCACGCCUCUGCCCAGCUCUGUGGGCGCAGCGCUGGAGCUCCAGCUUCACAGCGAGAAAACCAAGGUGGCCGAGCUCGGCCGCAGGUGCACGGAACUGGAAGUCAAAGCUGGCACGUUCGAAAAUGUGGUGUGCGUCCUGAACAGAGAGGUGGAGAGGUUUGCCACCACCAUGGAAGCCAGCAACCGUCAGCAUAAACUGGACCAGGAUAAGAUCGAGGCUCUGAGCAACAAGGUGCGACAGCUAGAGCGGACUGUGGGGCUGAAGGACCUGACGGUCGCAGAGAUGGAGGGACGGCUGAGAGAAAUGUCCGCCACCACCUUUGACGGCGUCUUUAUCUGGAGGAUUUCAGAUUUUGCCAAAAAGAGACAAGAUGCCAUCGCAGGCCGAGCCCCUGCCAUGUUCUCGCCUGCCUUCUAUACCAGCAAGUACGGCUAUAAGAUGUGCCUACGGAUCUAUCUUAAUGGAGAUGGGACAGGGCGUGGCAGCCACUUGUCCUUGUUCUUUGUGGUGAUGAGGGGGCUGAGUGAUGCCCUGCUUAAAUGGCCCUUCAACCAGAAGGUUACGCUGAUGCUGCUGGACCAGAGCAACAGAGAGCACAUCAUCGAUGCCUUUCGACCUGAUGUCACUUCCUCCUCCUUCCAGAGACCCGUGAGCGAGAUGAACAUCGCCAGCGGCUGUCCACUCUUCUGCCCGCUCUCUAAGCUCGAUGGCAAGAACACUUACAUUCGUGACGACACCAUCUUCAUCAAGGCGAUUGUGGACCUCACCGGCCUCUAGACGACCUCCAUUGGGUGUUACAGUUUGGCAACCAGGCAGCUCUUUGACCAUUAAAGGCUUCAUUUUGGCUCAGUCGCGGUCCCUUUCAGGGCGCCAUUUGGGCACCUUGCUGUCCCCCGCAGCUUUGGGGAGACAGACAUGCUUGCGACAGUCUGCUGCAUGUAGCUGCUCAGACCAGACGAUGCAGGCAUUCUUAUACCUUGGUGGUCUCUGUGUGAGAACCCUCCCCUCCGUCAUUGCUGUACAUUUGGGUGCAAAACUUACUUUCUUAACAUCACAGCAUCACCAUCCACGGUGAUAAAGUGCCAUUUCGGUUCUGCACGCGAGUUUUCAGUUAGAGGAAGCAGGCAGCAGUGCGAUGUAGUCAGAGCUGUGUUGAGCAGAAGCAGAGGGGAGUGAAAAGGUAGAACUGCGUCUUUGUUUUUCGUCCCCUGCUUUCGAAGGCUGGGGGAUGUUGCAGAACAUGCAGAGUGUGUUAGAGCAGGGCUGUAGAUGUGUUUUAUGUGAUCACUCUGGUAAAGCUGGCAGUAGAAUUAUAAUAGAGUUAGAGCGUGGCUUGAUGCAGAUUUUGCUUCCUCUUAAAGAUUGUGGAUAUUGUGAGCGUCUCAGUUCCAGUGUGGAGUAAAUUUGCAUAGACAAACGUGGAGUUAUGUUAUGAAUAAGAUUACAGGCAUUUCUUUUUAUUUCUUCAUUUCUUUUAAACAAAAUGCAUGCUGCUGGAGUUUUAAGUAUAAAGUAUAAAAAUGCUCUUUUUUUGGGAGGGGGGGGGUUGUUUUGGUUUUUUCUUCAACUGAGCUUCACAAAGUUUCAUCAUUUGAUAUUAAACUUGUUAGUGAUUUCUCCAUCUGUGAUGGUGGACAUUGCCUGCAUGUCUAUGAAGCCAGGCUAUUUACAUGUAAAGUCAGUGUUGCGUAUUUGUUCCUAAUAAGGGGGUCGUGGUUCUGAUUGGUGGUUUGGUACAUCUGUGGAAGAUACAGUGGAGUUACCAAGGAGUCAGGGCAGCUUGCCAGUCAAGCCUGAGGUGUAAAACUUACAUGUGGUUUUGUCUCUGACAAACAUACAUCGCUGGAGUUUUUCCCAAGGAUAUGCUCACUAGCUCACAUCUCAACACAUAGUACCGUGCCCCACCACAGACUGAGGUCAACGCAGAUUCCACGAAAUGAAGGAAUAGUAUGUUCCUUGUUUUCUGUCCUUACAGUAUACAGUGCGUAUGUGUUUCUGCUGCUAUAUGAUAGAAUACU